AGGUGGUGGGUUCUGGGAUGGUGGGUGCUGGGGCAGAUGAUGGGUUCUGGGGUGGUGGGUGCUGGGGUAAGCGGUGGGUGCUGGGGUGGUGGGUGCUGGGGCAGGUGGUGGGUUCUGGGAUAGUGGGUGGGUGCUGGGGCAGGCGGUGGGUGCCCUGGCCAGCCCCACACCCCACUCCAGCCACCCUUUUCUCUGCAGGGAAGGGAGAGGAUGGGAGCAGCUGCUGUCCUGGGGCUCUGCCUGCUCGGCUGCCUGGCCCUGCACCCCUCACUGCCAGGGGCGCAGGCCAACAAGUGUCCCCGGAGCUGGCUGGACUUCAGGGGACACUGCUACGGGUACUUCGGGCGGGAGCUCAGCUGGAGGAAGGCAGAGGCUUGGUGCAAGGCCACCCGCGGGGGGUGUCACCUGGCCUCGCUGCACACGCCCGAGGAGCACCGCGCCCUGGCGGCCUUCAUCGCCCAGCGCCAGCACCGCGACGAGGAGGAGGAGAGCGUCUGGAUCGGCCUCUACCACCGCCCCCAGAGCCAGGCCUGGAUGUGGGUGGACGGGUCCCCCAAGCGCUACUCGGCCUGGGAGGGGGACGAUUUCCCGCGGGGGCGGCUGUGCGCGGCGCUGGAGGACUCCGCGGGUUUCAUGUCCUGGGAGGACGAUUCCUGCGGCGACAGGAAACCCUUCGUCUGCAAAUACAGAGCCCAGGGGGGGCCCUGAGGCAGCGCCCGGAUGCGCCCGCACGCCGUGUGCCCCUGCGGCACACCCCAAAUCCCCGGACCCUGCACCCCAUUGCGGCGUGCAGCACACCCAGACCCGGGCCCCCAAACCCCUGCCCCACUGCACCCCUCACAGCCCCCCCAAACCCCUCUGCCCCACUGCAGCCCUCACAGCACCCCCAAACACCUCUGCCCUACUGCACC